UUCACCCUUCACUUUCCCUUUCAGUCCGCCGUACACUGAUCCCCCACUUGCGAUUCUCUCCAAACAAACCACCAAAUCUUUGAUUCUCAACCGUUUUAAGUGGUUUUGCUUCUCAUUCGUUUGGAAUCUCGAGUUCUCUCUGUUUUUGCAGAUCACUUUACCAGUUUCCACAGAUGGCAAGAACUAAGCAAUCCGCCAAGCGAACGAGAGCCACGUGCAGCACGCCACCCCCGCAAGUGCAGCAACAAACGUCCGCCUCCUACCCAUGGCCCCGCGAGCAAGAGGGUGAACUGAUUGAUCUCGACAGCCCAUUGCUCCUGGACUUCAAUUGCGAGGGGUGGGAUAAGGGGACAGCAGCUCGUUACAACGCCCUCCUCCGAGUUGACAUGCUACCCACUCGUUUCUGCCACACAGAAACUUUGGCUGAUCUUGGGAUCGACGAGGAUGUAUUCGAAACGCUGCACGCCAUCGGGAUUGCUCCUCUGUGCUACACAACGCACGAGCUCUAUCCAGACCUUGUUCGCCAGAUGCUCGCCACGGCCACGAUCACCUACGAGGAUUCCGACGCACCCUCCUACGCCAACUGCUCGUUCUCUUUCAUGGCGGAUGGAGAGUACUGUCGCUUGUCCCUCGACAAGCUCAAUGAAAUCUAUGAGAUGGCCGCUGAACCGAAGGGGGUAGCGGUGGCGAAAAAGUUCUCUCCCUCUAACGCCUUUUGGGACUGCAUUGCAAAUGGGAACUUCACAGCAGGGAAGGUCUACCAGUCGCAGAUUCGGAACCCCGCGCUUCGUGUCAUCGCGAAGAUCAUCUCAAACCUCCUGUUCGCCAAGGAUCUGACAUCGAAGGUCACCAACGGGGAGCUGCAAACCCUGUACACUGGUAUUGAGGAUGAAAUUCGCGCCUCUGGUUCCGGAAUUCCCAUUCAAAGGGUUAAGACGAAUCCCGGUUUCAACUUCAUCACCAUGAUAUGCGAGCGGCGACAGUGCCUUAUGCACGGCUCGAAGAAGAAAGACAGGAGCGGCAGCCUGCUCACACCGCUUUUCAAGCAUUUCGACAUUGAUCUCACCAAAUACAGCGUCAACAAGGAGGUCCAGUACCUCGACAUUAGGUACCUAAUGGCGUGCCACAUCAUGCGAGAUGAAGAGACCUACAGCUUUUACGAUAAAGCCGGAACUGCUAUUCACCAAACUGCCUCACCCCGAGAUCACCAGGUUCAGCGUGUUUGAGAACAUACGGUUUCUUCCUCCCCCCGAGCUCCUUUGCACUGAUCCACGUGCUGCGGUCCCUGACGAAGACAUGGAUGAUGUUGAGGACAUCACCCCUGAAGCCGACCCAUCGUACGACCUAGGAGAGCUCGCCGAUGUAACCGAUGAUCAAGCUUACAGACGCUGGAUGGUGGACUCGCAGCGAAAGAACAACAGCCUCAUGCGGAGGAUACUCCACCUCGUCACUGGGGGAUGCAUUGGAGGGAGCGCCCAGCGCCAGUCUACGACAGAUCGACCACCAAGAUCCCACCGACCAGGCAAGGAGCCCAUGGGAACUGGCCCUUUUUCAGAAGAGGUUCAUCGCUCGCGCAACAGGCGAUCCUUUGACCCAGCCGAGAGCGGCGAGUCCGACUGAGUCCGCAAGGACUAUCCUCUAUCCAUUGUUCUAUCCAUCUGAACUUUUUAUUUUUUAUUUUGUUUUAUGCUGUGUUGCUUUUUGGCUGACCUCAGCUUCAUUUCCACCAGGGAUGGUGUCGAUUAAGUCUGGGGGAAGCACUGGGUGCUGAAACUUUAUUUCUUUGUUUCUUUGUUUUUGAGUCAGUCCUUGCGUCAUUUUGAUGUUUUAUCGAGUCAGUUUAGGAUCGAGUCAGUUAAAACUCUUGUGGGAAUUAGGACCUUGUGAUAUAUUCUUUUAACCACCUCGUGCUCUAACAUUCUUAUCCAGUGACCUUAGCAGUGAUGAAAGAGCCCAUACUUGGACCUGGAACACCCUUUGACUCAUCUCAUUUGACUCUCCAGAAGCUCUCAUCCGAUCAGGUUACACUGGGUAGACUCAACUCCACCCAACUUGAACCUAAUCUUGACUGAAAUUCUUCUUGUUAUGGGCACUAGAUCAGGGAAACGAGACCAACGCUCAGGGCUUCUUAUUCUUUUUACCAAUCUUGCUGAUCCUGAGCGGCUAGCUCAUUUUUAGCUAGUUCCAACCUUCUACCUAAACCUUUAUUUUCACCCUCAUGCACUCUGUUUUUCAAUGUCAUAUGUGCAGAUAUGUGCAAAAGGGCCGGAGAGGAUAGGAUUGACACAGCCCCUUACUCGUUGACGCCUGACACUCAGAGAGAAGAACAAGCAGAUUGAGAACAGUCGACAAGAUCAAUCCUUAAAGAAAGGAACAGUCGACAAGAUCAAUCCUUAAAGAAAGGAACAGUCGAAGGCGCAUGGAACAAUGGCACCCCGUGAGAAACAGAGGAUAGACCCCCAGCGGCUGCAAAACAUUCGUCCCGAUACCUCCCUCCAUCUCCACUCAAAAAAAAAAAAAAAAAAAAAAAAAAAACGAAUGCUUUAAUUUAUUUAUGAUGGAAGGGUAGAUUCGAGAUGCAUGCUGCUGGAAAAGGGUGAGCAAGAAGUGGGCGCAGAUUUUGGAGGAAUAAAAAGAAGUCAAGAGCUGGAGAACAGUGGCACGAUUGAUCCACAUUGUAGAACAAUCUAAUCCGUGAGGCAGAGAUGAGUAAGGGUUGUGGGCUUCAACAGAUCCGUCCUCUCUUGCUAUUUUGCGCGAUAUCCUGCAUGCACUCAAACACGGUAACCCCUAAACACUCUCAGCUCCACCGUAAAACAGCCUAUUCCUUAUCAACCCGUCUACCCUGAAUAGUGCUUGUAAUGAGAAGCUCACGCUGUUCUUAAAUGAUUCUUAAAGGAGUUUUGUCUCGAUAGUGCAACCUUUUCAGGUAUGAGAUACAGAGUACGGAGCUGAUCUUCGAACAGCAAUCGUGGGGUGUUCUGGUAAGGGUGUGCGAUCUGAUUCUACAGCUUGUAUGGUUCAGAGAUGUGUGGUAAGAGCAUGGUUAUUCAGACAAAGCGAGUUCCCGCUCCUUCAAACCUUUCUCCCUGCUCUUGAGGCUUGGUCUUGUUCGAGGACAAACAAGGAUCUAAGUCUGGGGGAAUUGAUAUGUGGUGUUUUUAAUACCAAUACAUGUGCACUUUGAGCUCAUUUUCAGUCCUAAUUCGUGUUUAAUUUACAUCAUUCUAGGUUGGGAACAGGUGAAAGAGUAAAGGAGAGAGUUUCAGGAAGUCUGAUGCUGUUUCGAAGGAUUCAACGUGGAACAGUCAUUUAGAACAACCCAAGGGUUGCUCCCGAAGAGAUCAAGCAUUAGACUGCUCCCGUUCAUUAAGGAAACUUCCUAUUCUGGAGUUUGCCCUAGUUUCGACUUUCUCUUUCUCUUAUUCUCCUAUCACCAGCGCCUCCUUAUAAAGGGGGGAGGCUAUCGUUUUCUAAGAGGACACACGAGUUUUACAAGAAACCUAGAUUACUCUUUUGGAUUUCACGCAACUUGUAAGGGAGAAGGCUCCAUCUCUCAUUCUCACGAGAAGACUUCCCUGAACCCUUUGUCUUUUUACUUAUUUUAUAUGCAGUAUUAUUCAGAAA